UUCCACCCCUUUUAAAGUACUUAUAUUUGUAAAGACAGCAGUAGAAAACUGUCCCAUUUUUGAAUUUUAGGAAACUCUCCGACAUCCCACAUCAAAGAAGAUGGAACAGCUGCUGUUUUUAAUGGCCUUGCUCUGCACUGGUCAUGCUAUAUACCAAGACCUCUCAGAGAGAACUUUUACCUUCCCACUGGCCACAGGAGCUUCUCAUGUUAAGCUCAUUACCAGUGCUCAGCAACCCAUCACAGCUUUGACUGUAUGCAUGAGGUUUUACUCUUCACAGACCCAAGCCCAGACUCUGUUCUCCCUAGCAGUCCCAUCUGAAUCCAACGCCUUCCUGCUCUACAAGCCCUCUGUUGGUGUGUAUAGGCUGCAUGUCCAAGGGACAGCUCUUGAUAUCAACGGGCUUCCUGAUGACAAGGAUGAAUGGAACUCUGUUUGCUGGACCUGGGACUCCACCUCUGGCUUGACAGUGCUGUGGGUCAAUGGAAAACGUAGUGCUCGGAAAAUUCUGGAGCAAAAAGCUACUCUCAUUGGUGCUCCCAGUAUAAUUCUGGGUCAAGAUCAAGACAGUUAUGGUGGAGGCUUUGACCAGAAUCAGUCAUUUGUAGGGGACAUCUCAGAUGUCCACCUCUGGGACAGUGUCAUCACGCCAUGUGAAAUUAGGUUCUAUAUGGAAGGUAAUACCUUCACUCCUGGGAACCUCCUCAACUGGAAAAACCUGCAGUACUCCUCCACUGGCUCUGUGUAUGUUGAGAAGAGUGACUUUGAUAAACUAAAAUGCUAUUAGUUUAUUUAAAUUGCACACCAGCUUGCUACAAGGAUUUCAGUCAGAUAAUGUCUCUGUGUUAACUAUCAUCUUCACAUCCUUCCUAAUAUGCAAAGAUGAAGCCAAAAUAUCUGAAAUACCAGAGCUGCCAUGUUGUGAUGAUGAUGUCAUUCGGUAGGUCAGAAAUGAUUGGAUGGUGGAGCAGCAUUAUCAAGUCCAAGCUAUACACUCAUCUCAUGACAUAUAUAGUAUCAAAUAACUAAUUAAAACUGAAGUUAUCUAAACUAAAAACUAAAGUAAAUAAGAAAACUGAACACCUGAACAUACAUCAACAUGAUGUAUGAUCUUGUUCAAGGAGAAGUCUCCCAGCAAAUCCAAUGAUAUAUCAACCUGCCCUUUUCAUGCUCCACUGUCAUGUACAUACAUGAACCAAAACUUAAUGUGGACCACAGGAAAUGCCUACAGUCUGUGCAUGUAAGACCUGCCACCUGAAGCUUGGCAUUUUUUAUUCUUAUUUAAAUUGAGGGUGCAAUGUAUGCUUUACAUGCUUGUACAACCUUUUGUUGACAGCCAAGCUUAAAUUAUUGUAAUAAAGCAUUGUAUUUGCUGCAAAUUUAUCGUGUGAAAGACAGGAAAAGGUCUGCAACAAAUCAUACACAUUAAAUAUCAAAAUCAAA